AAAUAUCUGACGUUUCAAUCAAGUAUGUUAAUGAUGUGCCACAGGCGAAUGUCACAUUAAAUGUUGACAAUGAUUGCAUUUUGUCAGUUCCGUGUACUGUAGAUGUUAAAUGUGCUUGUUUAAGCAACACAAGUCAAAGUAUCUUUUUAAAUGGGAUAUACCAGUUUGUGUUAAACCUAGUAAAUUAUAAAGAAAUGUGUGGCUUGACUGUAGAGGCUGGAACAUUGCAGGUCCAUAAGUCAAUAAACACUACAGCUGUUACAAGCUUCACAGUGACUUCACAUGUCACACUCGAUGGAUACUUUCAUGUUAAUGCUACACUUCAGAAAGGGGUGACUGGGAUUGUGAUGCAAGUACAAUACAUCAAUGGAACACUCUUUUUCAAUCAGCCUAUUUUGAGGAAGCCCUCUAGUGACUAUGCUGGAGCUAACAAUACGAGACCACUGCCUAAUGGAACCUUUUAUCUAUCUAUAUACAUGUUAAAAAGUGAUGGAGUAUCGUUUGAUUUGUCGCGACCUAUUAAGAAAAAUAUAGUGAUUACAUCACUAAUUAAGAGUCCUAAUGAACAACAUGGUUUCCCAACCUGGGCCAUUAUCUUUAUCGUAGUGGUGAUCACAUUAAUACUUACAAUACUGGUAGCUGCUUUGCUAGGGUGUUACUUUUCUCAAAGAGGAGAAAUGCGAAGAAUUCAAGAACAGGAACAAGGCCCAGCACACCCAGUAGUCUUGGUAGGACCACCAGCCCCAGUACAUCAAGGAGAUCCACCAUUACAUCAAGGAGAUCCACCAGUACGUCAAGGAGAUCCACUAGUACAUCAAGGAGAUGUACCAGUACAUCAAGGAGAUCCACCAGUACGUCAAGGAGAUCCACUAGUACAUCAAGGAGAUGUACCAGUACAUCAAGGAGAUCCACUAGUACGUCAAGGAGAUCCACCAGUACAUCAAGGAGAUCCACUAGUACAUCAAGGAGAUGCACCAGUACAUCAAAGAGAUCCACUAGUACGUCAAGAAGAGCCACCAGUACAUCAAGAAGAUCCACCAGUACAUCAAGAAGACCCACCAGUACAUCAAGAAGAUCCACCAGUACUUCAAGGAGAUCCACCAAUUCAAGGAGACCCACCAGUCCCACCACAUCAAGGAGAUCCACCAGUACAUCAAGGAGAAGGAGAUCUACCAGUCCCAGAAGAUCCACCAGUUCAAGUCCCACAACAAGUCCAAGAAGACCCAUUGAACAGACAAGAGCUAAGUAUACCAAGUAUUUCUACAAAUUUGCAUCUUGUCUUGACUGAGCCAGGUCCUCCUUUACCUUCACCAGUUAGUGCCAAUCCUCCAACACUGAGUAAUACUUUUGAGAGCUUUGAUUUCAAUAUUAAUUCACGAACCAAUGAUCCCAGCAUUUCAAUACAAAAUAACUCUGUUACUUAUUCCACUACUGGUGAUGGAUCUGACUGCCCUCUUAUAAAACAUGAUCAUGCUCCUGUGGCAUCCUCAUACCGAUUCACACCUUCACAGAGCACAGAAGAGGAAAAGUUUAAGAAACCUGAAGAAGUUAAAGCUGGUGGUGGGCCUUUUAAGUUUGUGUAUAGCUGGAGAAGUAAAAAAUGAAAUAUAUCAAAUAAUUUAUAAAUUAUUUAAACUAUUUCUUUAAAAUGUGAACAAAAAAUUAAAAAAU